AGACUAGAAGUAUGCUUGAAGAAUGAAUACCAACGAUUUUUGCCGGUGUUGUAAAAUUAAUUUAAGGGUACGGGGAGCACUUGUUCACACAGUCAACCUUUUUGAGAGAAACAAUAAAGGGCAAUGCAUAUCCGAACAAGUUCUCCGUUUAGGAGUACAACUCCACAAAAGAUCAGACAAAUCGUAUCGCAUUUGUCGGUCCUGUCAGAACGUAGUAACACGGUUGGAACGCGACAUGCCCGUGUUUAAAAAAUGGACAGACGACGAAGGAGACCAGGCUGAAGAAGCGUGUUCAUCUGAGGCCUCAGAAAAAAGAGACCGGGAGCCUACUCCCUCCAAGACGCCCAGGGCUCUGAAGAAGUUCUGCCCCAAUCCGUCAACUCCAAUCGGUACAAAAACGUGAAAAAGCAUUACAGAGGUAGUCAUCCAUUACCCAUCACAGACUCGUGCUAAGGUACUUCAUUCAGAAGAAGCCUCAAUAGUGAACACCAUUAAACAAAAAAACUGGAAAACGGCAACAAAGUUAAUAUUGAAGCAUAAACACCUACUUGAGGAAGUAAAGGAGCACAUCCUGGAGCUAAUAAGCAACGAAUGCAAAGAAAUCUGUAACCCCAAAAAUGGUUUCAUCCUGUGGAAGGCAUCUCCGGAUCAUCUGAAAGCCUUAUCAUUUUCAGGCAUAGAGGCAGACCUAAAAUGUAUUUCACCAUUCCUUUUCUCCAUUUUCACUGUCACCAACCACUCUCUAACUGCAACUUGUGCAGCAGCUUCCAUUGCUUUGAGAGGGAGAGAGGCACGCCUGUCAGCCUUUGCAUACUACCUAUGUAGUAUACUACAUUAUGGUGGGGCGAAAAAAGCAGUGUUUGAAAGGCUGAGCAAAAUGGCCUUAACAACUACUCACAAAUGUUAUGUAGAGAAGCAGAAAGAGUUGGCACUCCUAUGUGCGGGUUCUUUAAACAUGUUAAAGGUCCAGAAUGAGGUUUCCCUCAACUCUGAAGUGGAAGGGAACAUUGAUGGUGGUCAGAGAGUGGACACCAGCGAAGACCAAAGCACAAGUGAUCCGAAGGGGCCACUUAACACUGUUCGUGAGAGCAUGGAAGAGCUUCACUUGUCAGCAGAUGAAAUGGCUCAAAGCAUAAAUGACUCUGAAAUAGCUAUGCUGCCUUUCAGCAGCUUAAGUGACUCUGAAGCAGCAGAGCUGGGCUUGAGCUCCUCGGCUUUUCCAAUCGCACACCCCACUCCUCCACCAACAUAUUCCAUAAUAUUUGAUAAUUUUGACUUUUUCGUGCGUGCACAUCAUCAGUCCACCCUCCACAGCAACAAAUCCAUACACUGGAUUCAUCAUAUUGCAGUCCAAGAUAGAAUCUCAACAUAUCACCUUAGCAGUGACAAACCACACCAUGACAUUGUUCAGUACGACCUUUGCAACUCACUCCCCGGACUAGAAACCCAGGACUAUAUACGACGUGAGUUCAUUGUUCUUGGGAGCCGCAUCGUUACCCAGUACCUGGCUGUUUUUAAACCCUUCAAGAAAUUAGUGGUUCACCACAUGCCACAUCAAUAUACAGAGGACAUGACUAAGUGCUCCACCGAUUACACUCUGGGACUGCUCUUCAAAAACGAGAACAAAACAGCAGAUUUGGUAGACACACUUCGCCACCUUCAGAAAGAGUAUGUGCCAAAGGGACCGGACGGGUUGUCAAGUGUUUUAGUAGGAGGUGACCGGCUGACUGAGGGGAACUGCAGAAACAUACAGUGGGCCCUCUCAGAUGGUGCUACAAAGGAAGACCGACUGGAAGGUCUCAUCUUUAAGUUUGAGGAUUGGCAUGCCAUCAGAAACCUCUUUGAAAUCUAUCAUCGGAUUUUCUAUGAUGGUGCAUCCUCAAAAGACCAUGGCACACUUCUUGCUAACAUGACGAAGUUGAGGUACAACGUCUGCUAUCUGCAAUACCAUGAAUACAUGCUGUACAAUUAUUACAGUUAUUAAGCUUGUCUUUACAGUCUAAACAUUAUUGUUGUUAACUACAAUUAUUAAAAGUACUUUUUGUUUACCAUGCUUUUAACAGUAGUUUCACAGAUAUCCAGUUUGGAUAAUUCAUGAAUUGGGUUGUUAUGGGAUGGGGAACACAGUCCUGCUAUUAUGAACGCAGCCCUGCUGUUCUCCGGGGCAUUAUUUCUACUCAUGCACUGGUAUGGUAUGUUUUCAACUUAUUACAUGUUUUCUAUAACUGCAUGUGGGCAGUUGAGGCUAUGUCAAGAUAGUUGUUUAGUUGUUUACUUUCGGCAGUGCUAAAGAGAACACUGGACGCACAGUACUCUUACUGUCCCUGUGUGAAAGACAGUUUUUAACACGUGUGCAUGCGGGCGUGUGUGUGUAAAUGGACUGCAUUUAUAUAGCACUUUUCAACCUUAGCGGCACUCCAAGCGCUUUACAAUGUUUGCCUGUCAUUCACACAUUCAUAAUCACACUUAAACAUACCGACGGUAGCGUGCGUGUGUGAGUAAAGUAGUUGUAGCGUACAGGUUAAGGACAUGUUCGGCAUGCAAAAAAGUUGUGGGUUCAAUGCCCUUAUUCAUUACCCUUGUUAUAUAAUUGACCUAAUACAUUACUUUGGAUGAAGGUGUCUGCUAAAUUAAUUAAUGCAAAUAACUGUGAGCGAUGGACAGACUAACACUGAGAAUACUAUGUCAGACAUUCUCUAAACUACAUAUUUCUGUUAUAUAGGUGCAGCAAUGCCAAACAAGGUCCCCAUGCAGCUUACAAUGCCUAUAAGGAAUUUUUGCGCAAGGACACAACUGCACUCUUCCUAGCUGCUGCAAUGGAGCACUUUGGGUUGCAGGAUGUCACAGAAAUUCCAGAUGGGUUUGUCCCAGUAGAUGUCAAGGACGGAUUGCCACAAGUGAGGAGGAGCUGGCUACAUGAGAAGGUUGGACUGGUUGUGGACACCUUUGUCAUGAUGACAGGCGUCACAGACGCAGAAAGUCAAAGGCAGGCUUCGACACAGCAAAAGCAGCAAUAUCCGUGUUGUGCAGACGGGUGUGGUAUUGUGUAUACAUACGUCAAGGCAAGGGAAACACAUGAGAAAAAGAAACACAAUCUUGUGGCUCCCUUAGACUCUUCUCUCGAACAUCCGAGUACAGCAAACCAAGAUCACAAAAAAGAACACACAGAAGCUAGACUUGGCUUUGGCUUCUUCUUGCUAAACAUUCAGGACGCAGUAAGAGAAGGGGAUGGUGACAGGCUAAUGCGACUUUAUAAAGUUGCCCUGCUUUUCUAUAAAGCGUAUGGACACAGCCAAUAUGCCUACAGCACCUUCCUACUAACACUGCAGGUUAACGUCACACUGUCCCCACGCAUGGCACACAGUGUGAUAUGGAACCGGUUUUGGAAUGGUUGGGGGUGCAAAGGGGUAAAUAUUCCUCUUGACCUCCAUCUAGAACACCUGAACAAUUUUUUUAAGUCUUUAAUGAGAGGCUUGGGACCAAACCUGUCAGAAAUGUCAGCAGCCAGAAUAAGCAAGUCCAUUGGAAUCCUCAAGGAAAUGAUGGAGAAAACAGACACAGAGCUGAAGCGGACACGGCCGACUGGCAUUCACCAUGUAGCCCAAGAACAGGAGGACAUUUUAACCCUGAUCAACGUUUUCCGGGAGACUCAACUUUUUAAAACUCAACCAGGCAGGCAGUUUCACGCGUUCCCAAAGUUCCAGAAAAACCUCUUGGUAAAGCUGAAUUACCGUGAAUUAUGGCAGUGGAUGAAGUCCAAAGUUAUGGACUGGAGAAAUGUCCCUCUUUAAAUAAUUAUGUCAAUGUGAAAUGGUGAUGUUGAUGGCAUUACAUUUGUAAAUAAUGCUUUCAUAAGUGACAUUCUAAAUCUUUUUUUUUCUUCUUUUGUGUCGACAUUCUUGAAUGUCAACAUUUUUUUGUGUCUUUUCUUAUUGGUAAAAUGUUCAAAGUAUGUUAAAAAAUUACCUAUUAUGUGGAG